AUGCCAAAACUAGCUAGGCGAAAUCUAAUCGCAGCGGCCAGGUCCAUCUCUCUCUCCAUCACCCUCCAUUUCCCAUCAGCGCGUGCAGUUCACUUUGAGCUCAAUCGCGACCAUGCGACAACAAUGACUCACGGUGACAGACUUCUGCAGAGCGUGAUCCACCGACUGCUCUCUCCUGGCGCUGCAAUACCACGAACACAACACGAAAUGUUCUCCACACAACACCGGCCAUUCGAAGGUCUGCUCGAUCUCCAGAAAGGAUGGCCCUCAGCUCGACUUUGCGCUCGCAAGCAGAUAUGCAAUGGCGUCGAAGAUGUCUUAGCCGAAGGAAACGACAUGACACCAAUACUAGGAUAUGGACCUAGCCAAGGAUAUGCACCGCUGCGUAACGAGAUAGCAAAGUGGCUCUCAGAUGUAUACGCACUCUCUGCAGAACCGACGGAAGCAUCGCGAAUUUGUGUCACGAAUGGAGCUUCGGCAUCUCUGGCGAAUGUUGUCUUGAAAUUUACCGAUCCUUCAUAUACACGCCGGGUAUUCAUGGUCGAGCCGACGUACUUCCUGGCAUGUCCAAUCUUUGAAGACUGUGGCUUCCGCGGAAGGCUACAAGGCGUCCCAGAAGGUAGCCAGGAUGGGAUUGAUCUCGACUUUCUCCUGAAUGAGCUCAGCAAGACCGAAAGUGAAAGUGGUUGGCCGGAUCAGCCUGCUACAAAGACCGGCGUGAGUUAUCCUCACGUCUACAAGUAUGUCCUUUACUGCACGACGACCUUUGCAAAUCCGAGUGCGAAAACCAUGCCGCCGGACGUGCGUGAGCGCUUGGUGGAGAUAGCUCGAGCAUUUGAUAUCUUGCUCAUCUCUGACGAUGUAUACGACUUUCUGAGCUGGCCAGCAAGUGACAGCCUAGUAGAAGAUUCGAUGGACUUCCUACCAGCCAGGCUCGUUGAUAUUGAUAGAUCACUGCCAGGAACCACUCCUUACGGCAAUGCGAUUAGCAAUGGUUCAUUCUCCAAGAUUGUCGGACCAGGCAUCCGGGUAGGAUGGGUUGAGGCUCAGCCCGAUUUGGUCAUGCAACUUGCUCAGAUAGGAUCAAGUCGUUCCGGCGGCAACCCAGCACACUUUGCGUCAACCAUAGUAGAACACAUGCUACGUACCGGCAGUCUACAAUCGCACAUUAGCGACGUGGCGAUACCAGAGUAUCACAUGCGCUACUACGUUUAUAUGAAAGCAGUUGAAGAGCUUUUGAUCCCACUUGGCUAUGUUGAUGAGGCACCAAAGCACACCUCGGGUAUCGCCGGUGGAUUUUUCAGCUAUCUACGUACUCCUCGGAUCUUUGCAGAGAAUAGGGUGUAUGCGAGGGAUCUGGCCGCCAUCGCUCUACGGGACUACAAUCUACGGGUUGCAUUUGGUCACAUGUUUGUCAUAGCCGGCGAUGCCGGAAGUCUCCAGCGUGCGGAGCUGAAAGAUGGCUUUGGAUACUGUAUUCGUCUCUGCUGGGCCUGGAUGGAGACUGGUGAAAUACUGGAAGCCCUUAACAGACUUGCGGACUGCUCGAAGACCAUCCGGGCAAAGCUUGAAAUAGGAGAGGAUGUAACUGCAGGUUUGUCACCGAAAGCAUAUUUGGAUAUUAACUCCUAG